UGUACCGAUGCAAGCCGGAAAAUACACGUUUUGUUAAUUUGCAUUGUUUACGUUUAGCGCUUGCUGAACCUAAUUUUUGGGAGCCGAGACAAUCGGUUGAAAUCUUAUCAAUAAAUAUGGCAAGUCUGAUGCAGAAGCCGAAGAGUGAGAUGACCCCAGAGGAGUUGUCGCAGCGGGAACAGGAGGAGUUCAACACAGGACCCCUCUCAGUGCUCACCCAGUCAGUUAAAAACAACACACAGGUCCUCAUAAACUGCAGGAACAACAAGAAACUGCUUGGCAGAGUGAAGGCCUUUGACAGGCACUGUAACAUGGUGUUGGAGAAUGUGAAGGAGAUGUGGACAGAGGUUCCUAAAACUGGGAAGGGUAAGAAAAAAUCCAAGCCUGUCAACAAAGAUCGCUUCAUCUCCAAAAUGUUCCUCCGAGGAGAUUCUGUCAUCCUUGUGCUCCGAAACCCACUCGCUACUGCAAAGUGAACACCUUGAGACAAGUUAUUGAGUGAAUAAUCAAGAGUUUAAGACUUUUAUUACUAAUUGCAGAGAAGAAAUUAAAUGUGCUGCAUAAUUGAGAAAGAAAAUAUGGACACAGAUGCAGAUUUUGUGGAUGUGUGAUAAACGCUAUCCGUGCCAUCCCACACUUUAUCUGCAGUUGUAAAAGUAUUGUGGUGUUCAAGUGUACCAAAACAAUUUUAUCAAAUUAACCGCUUAAAAUGUGAAUACGAACAGAAGUUGGUAUUUUAAUGUGGACAACUUUUUCAUUACAUCAAUCAUGGUAACUUACAUCUCAUUGCAACUUUUUCAUGCAUAUUGCUUUCAUUAGUAAUCAUGUUCACUUACUGUUAAACAUUUUAUUGUACUGUAAAUACAUGUAGAAUUAUUGUGACAAUUA